AUGUGGCGUAGCAGGAUUCCCAAAAACGUCGCCCCAGCGCCCGGCGCCCACAGCGCCUCCCCAACUCGGCCUACGGACCCGGGGAGGGAUAGCAAGGGCAAAACAAAAGAGGAGCCUGGGUGGCGGGACGCCGGGCCGGCGUUGUUGGUGAGGGGAGCUCUCCGGAGGGCGGCCCGGGGCCCAACGGCGAGCCGCGGGCCUGACCCGGACGGGACCCAGUCGGGCCGUCCCCCUCGGCCAGGGCCUCGGUGCGCCCGGCUCCCCUUGGAGCGACGCGCGCCAGCCUCCCCGUCGCAGCCGUCGCAGGCCUCCCCACCACCACCACCACCACCACCACCACCGCGGCGCGCACACACGCACUUCCCCGCCAGCCAACUCACCCGGACCCCGGGGAACUCAUCCUCCGGCCCUCGACGCGGAGCGGGUGGGCGCGGCGGGGGCCCCGCUUCGGCCUCCGCCCUCGGCGGCGUGCAAGCGGCCCCGGCCCCGAUCGCCCCUCGCGCGGCCCUAAGAUCCCAGAACCUUCCUGCCCUCCCUUCCCUCCUCCCGCCUCCUUCGCCGAGCCCGGCGGGCGGAUUCCAAUCUCGGCAGCCGCCGCCGCCGCCGCCGCCGCCGCCGCCGCCGCCACUCGCACGCGGGGGAGGGGUGGGGAGGUGGGUGCGAGGCCGGGGGGGGGAGGGGCGCGCGGCUCGAGACGGCGCGGCGCGCGCGCGCACCCGCCCCGGCGCCGGCCCCGCCCCGGCCACGAAAGAAGCCGAGCGCACGGCGGAAGGGCCCGAAGGGCUCCAAGAACCCGAAGAUCCCGGCGCCCUGCUGCCGGGGAGGAGGGCCCGCCGCCGGCAAGGGGGCGCCAAGGACUGCUGUGGGGAGGGGGCCUCUCCUCACGCUGCAGCCCUACCGCCGCCGCCGUGGCGAGGCCAUCUCCAGACGCCGGCGCGCGGGGUGUCCCCGACGGUGAGCGCGCUGGCUCGUGAGCGGCCGCGGCCACGAGAAGGAAAGCGUGGCCAGGUGGCCGUCGCGGCCUGCCGGGUGCCCGCCGCCGCGAGCCGGCUCCCGGGGCCCGGGGUGAAGCAGCCUCCUGCGGGCCCGGGGCCCGGAGCGCCGCGCGAAUUCCAAAGGCAUAAGAUAAGGAGCAGCGGCGGGAGCCGGUGA